AUGAUCGAAAUUAUGGAUGCAUUUGAUUUUAACUUUGAGACGAAUUCAUUAGUAACAGAUGAUACGAAUAGUGAGAGUAGUAGUCUGGAUUGGACAGCGUUUCAACCAACACCACCAACGGGAACGCCAAGUCCAUUUUCAGCAUCGUGGUUUUCACCUCAAGAAGAUGCCGUCGCACCAGAUGAUAGAUUAAAGACAAUGAUAUCCGAACAAGAUAGUAGGAAUCAGUCAGAUAUCGAACAUUUCUUUCGGGGACUACAUCAACAUCAAACAACAGAAGAGGAACAACCACCGCACCAACAGUUGCACGGGAAACAAGAACUUAUAGAAACUAUUUAUAUACCAGAUCAAAUAAGGAAUGAUAUGCACUGCAUGGAACCAUCUGUAAAUCAUCGAGUAUUUGUCUCAUCUACGGUUAAUGAAGGACCACCUGUUUGUUUACCGUCACCACUUGUACCACGUUUAUCGUCGACUCGCUCUCAAUGUUAUCAUAAAUUACCUGAUCAUGCUGUUAAAAUGAUGCAAGAUUGGUAUAAUGCCCAUUUAGAAGAUCCAUAUCCACGUUCACCAGACAAAAAACGUUUUAUCACCGAAGGCAACAUUACAGCCCAACAAUGUCGCUCUUGGUUUGCUAAUCGUCGUCAACGACUCAAACAUGUUAAACGAAGUCAACCAAGAGCAAUCCCUUCUCGUUCACAACGUCCCAUGCCAACUAAAAUGUCAGAUUUGUAUCCAAUAGAAGAACAACAGCCUAAAUUAUAUGAACCUUGUUAUUACUGUCAACAAUCGUCUCUCGCACCAUCAUCACCAUCAUGUUUAUCAGUACCGAUUUCACCAACGACAACAACCACAUUAAAUGUCGUUAUCAAUCAGCAAACAGUCGAACAACUCAUUCAAAAUAGUCUUCGAAAAUUAUUCAAUCCAACGAUAAUCUGA